AUGAUUUCAAGGUCAAUUAUUAGAAACUCAAGAAACUUACUCAGAUCACAAACCACAACUAUUGCCAAACAAACUAUACCAGCACUUUCACACUUGUCGCCAACAACUGCCUCAACAACAUCAUCGUCAACUAUAUCCGCCUUCAACAAUACUUUGUUCAAGAGAUCAUAUCAUGAAAAAGUUAUUGAUCACUAUGAAAAUCCAAGAAAUGUUGGUACUUUAAACAAGAAUGAUAAUGAUGUAGGUACCGGUUUGGUUGGUGCUCCAGCUUGUGGUGAUGUUAUGAGAUUACAAAUUAAAGUUGACGAAAAGACUGGUAAAAUUGAAGAUGUCAAAUUCAAGACUUUUGGUUGUGGUUCAGCAAUUGCUAGUAGUUCAUAUGCCACGGAAUUGGUCAAGGGUAAGACUUUGGAUGAAGCAUUGGCUAUUAAAAACACUUUUAUUGCUCAAGAGUUGUCUUUACCUCCUGUCAAGUUGCAUUGUUCAAUGUUGGCUGAAGAUGCUAUCAAAUCAGCAGUUAAAGAUUACAGAUCAAAGAGAUUGGUGAAGAAGCCAACUUUGGGUCCAGAGGCUACUACGACUGAACCAGCUACUGCUAAUGUCACUGCUUAA